CUAUCUAUUCUAGUUUUUGUUUCCUUAUCGGCAACAGAAUCGCUCUUCGUUCCCAUCAUCGCACAGUGACACACUUUUUGUUAUCAACAUUUUAACAUACUUCGAAAAACAGCAGGAGAACGAGAAUCGCACUUGAUGACUUACUCUUCGCAAUACAGUAUUGACUUGGUAUUGAGUUGAGUGAAGAGAUAUUGAACACAAUAUACAGAAGUGCUAUCGAUUAGCGCCAAUAAAAACAGAGGAAUCACAACCAAGUUAUCUUAUCACUAAUCUUCACAUUUACGAUAGUGCAAUAACAAAAGUUGUUCAAGUGAAUGCGAGUGAGUGAGCAAGCCAGCAAGCGAAAGCCAUGACCUUAAAAUUAACCCAAUUUCGGAACUGUCGCCUGCUGCGAAACCAUCAAUUGGUGGUGGACGAUCUGUGGGUGCGGGCCGGGAAGGUGAUCGACCCGGAGAAGGUGUUUUUCGACGAGAAGCAGCAGGCGCACGUGCAGGUGGACUGCGGGGGAGCGAUCCUGGCGCCGGGUUUCAUCGAUUUGCAGAUCAAUGGUGGCUACGGCGUAGAUUUUUCCUACGACGUCGAUUCCGUUGAGGCCGGCGUCCGCAAGGUGGCCAAGGGUUUGCUGGCCCACGGUGUCACCUCAUUUUGUCCCACUCUGGUGACUUCUCCGCCGGAAACCUAUCACACCGUGCUGCCAAAAAUCCCAAAACGAGCCGGAGGUCCUCAUGGGGCGACCAUUCUGGGGUGCCACGUGGAGGGACCGUUUAUUAACACCAACAAAAAGGGAGCCCACCCCCCGGAGUGCAUCAAGGAGUUUGACCAGGGUUUCCAAACGGCGCUGGAUGUGUACGGAUCGCUCGAAAACAUCAGCAUCAUUACGCUGGCACCGGAAAAGGAACGAGCCUCGGAAGUGAUUCGUGAGUUGAGCAAUCGAGGCAUCACCGUUUCCGUAGGUCACUCAAUGGCAAACCUGUGCGAUGGUGAGGUAGCAGUUCAGCACGGAGCCCGGCUCAUUACGCACCUGUUCAACGCGAUGUUGCCGUUCCAUCACCGCGAUCCCGGACUAGUUGGCCUCCUCACGACCGAUAAAAUCCCGCCGAAUGCCCUUGUCUACUUUGGCAUCAUCUCCGAUGGUGUUCACACUCACCCGGCGGCGCUUAGAAUCGCCUACAAAACGCACCCCGAGGGAUUGAUUCUCGUUACGGAUGCCAUCUCGGCUAUGGGCCUUAAUGAUGGUCGCCACCGCAUAGGACAGUUUGACAUUGAGGUGCGCGCGGGUCGGGCGUAUGUCGCCGGAACGGACACUCUGUGCGGCAGCAUUGCCCCCAUGGAUGAGUGCAUUCGGUUCUUCAAGAAAGCGUCGAAUUGCUCCAUCGAGUACGCCCUGGAGGCGGCCUCCCUCCAUCCGGCUCGCUGCCUCGGAAUCGAGCAGCAAAAGGGAACGCUCGAGUACGGUGCGGACGCGGACUUUGUCGUGCUGGACGAUUCGCUGACGGUGCUGUCGACGUGGAUCGCCGGCGACUGCGUGUACGAGUCCGGAUCGAGCCUAAAGUCCAACUACCGAACCAACGACAUCAUUUGAUGGGAAGAGGUCUAGUCUUGUGUGCCUUUUAAAAAUAAUUGCGAACAAAUGUUGUGAGAGAUCUGAUGUAAUAUGCAUUUUAUAAAUAAAAGUUUUUUAAAACAGGUA